AUGCUUCGAUUCAUUUUAUCCCUUUUCGCUCUCGUGUCUCUGGCUUUUACGACGGGUUCUGGUAGUAGUAAAAAGACGGAAUACUCAAGAGAUUGUAAAUGUGGACCAACUGACAACUGCUGGCCCUCCCAACACUCAUGGAAAUCAUUAAAUGCGUCGAUAUCUGGGAAACUAAUCAAAGCGAUACCAGCAGCGAUUGUAUGUUAUCCGGGCCCACAACAAAACCUAGACGCUUGUUCUACAGUUGUGAAAGAAUUGUCCGACGAGCAGCUCGUUGCAAAUGAUCCCAUUGCUCUAGAUACUCCUAUCAACAACUCUUGUCCACCAAUCGAUUUCGCGAUAGGAGCGAUUCUAGGAAAUUGCUCGAUUGGUGAUGCGCCUCGAUAUGUUGUGAUGCGACGACCUCUGAAGAUGUUGCUAAGGGGAUCCACUGGUUAUGGUAGUCUGGAGGUUUGGAUCAGAUAUCUUAGACAAGGUAUCAUCUUUCAAGAUACAUAUUUACCUUCCGAUGAUUGUAAAUCUUCGAAGUGGGAAGGAAGUGCAUUUAAGAUUGCUGGAGGUUAUGUCUGGGAAGAUGUCUAUGCAGAGGCUACGAAACGAAAUGUGAUUGUUGUAGGAGGCGGUGAUCCUGUAUGCUGGUUUCAAGGAGGAGGUCAUUCACCUGCAUCUCGUGGUUAUGGCCUUGGUGCCGAUCAAAUACUCGAAGCUGAAGUUGUCCUUGCAAAUGGAGAGAUUGUUACUGCGAAUAAGUGUCACAAUCAAGAUAUUUUCUUUGCCAUCAGAGGUGGAGGAGGUGGCACAUAUGGAGUGGUCGUAUCAACAAUUAUCAAGGCGUAUCCAACGACAUCGAUUUCCGCCCAAACACUAGCCGUUGCACCACUAACCGAUGCGGACAUCCCAGCAUUCAUGAAAGCCUUGGCAUUGAUAUAUUCUGCAUAUCCAGAUCUCAAUGAUGCUGGUCUUUCUGGGUAUGGAAGUUGGGCGGUGGAGAGCUAUGCGCCUGUUUUUGGAAACUUCACAACCGGCUAUCAACAUGCCAUAGCCGUGUCAGGGAAGACUCUGCCCGAAACCCAGGAAAUACUUGAAACUUUGAUGUCCAAACUUGAGCUGUAUAAUACAAGUCUCGUUAUCAAUUCGAGUUAUCUGGAAUUCCCUACAUAUGCAGAAUACUACCAGACACUUUCAGGUGGUAAGAGUGCAGCAGGUGUUGGAACUGGGGCUUUCGGUGGGCGUCUUUUGGACCGUACAGCACUGACGUCUUCUCUGGCGGAUUUUAAUGAGAUGCUGAAUGUAACUGCUGGAUCACCAGGACAAUUUGCAUUUACUUCUGUUUCUCUAGUUGGAGGCGGUCGAGUUUUUGUGCACGAUGAAAACUCCGGAUUGAACCCCGCAUGGAGAUCUUCAUACGUAAACAAUAUCGUAGCACGCGGAUGGACUGCAGAUACCAACGAGGCUAUUGUACAAGAAGUUAGGGACGAUAUAACAUACACGAAAAUCGGAGCGAUGAAGAAGUUGGCGCCGAAUACUGGAUGUUAUAUGAAUGAAGCGGAUAGGUUUGAUCCCGAUUAUUUGAAGGAUUUUUAUGGUAAGAGUCUACCGAAGUUGGAAGAAGUGAAGAAGACUUAUGAUGGUGACGAUGUAUUCUAUUAUCCAACAUGCGUGGGGAGUGAUAAGUGGGUUGAGGAUGCGACCGGAAGAUUGUGCCGGAGGCAAUGA